AUGAACGAAGCAGGGAAGAGAAUAGGACUGCGAAUAAACAGAAAGAAGACGCAGUUCAUGAAGAACGCCUACGACGAGGACGGAGAAGUACAAAUUGAUAGCUCCCAAAUCGUGCAAACUUCAUCACAAGUAUACCCAGGACAUUCUACGGGUAUGGAAAACGACUUGAAGGAAGAACUGAACAAAAGGAUGAGAGCAGCAUGA